AUGGAGGUGUUGGAAAGACAUGUUAUGUAUCCAGACAUCAAUCAGGUGAAUUCCUCGCCAGCUACCAUCGGAUGUGUAGUCAGUCCUCUACCAUUCUACACAAACUACGGCAAGAUCGUCUUUGAUAUCUGGGACACUGCCGGACACGAACAAUACGGAGGUCUCCGUGAUGGAUAUUAUAUCCAAUCCAACUGCGCAAUCAUCAUGUUUGAUGUCACAUCAAGAAUGUCAUACAAACACUGCCCCAACUGGUACUCUGACCUUAGAAGAGUAUGCGAAGACAUACCAAUAGUACUCUGCGGCAACAAGGUCGAUGUGAAAGACCGUCAUGUCAAGCCAUCCAUGAUCACAUUCCACCGCAAGAACGGACUCGCCUACUACGACAUAUCCGCCAAGUCCAACUACAACUUUGAGAAGCCAUUCCUUUACCUCCUGACCAAACUCCUUGGAAAUAGAGACGUUACAUUCGAGAGACCACCCUUGAUCCCACCAGAGGUCCCCUUGGACAUGGUCGAUGUCAAGCGCGCUGACGAGGAACUGAAGAAACUGAUGGAACUGCCCCCUCUCCCCAACAAUGAUGAUGAUGACUUCUAA